UAUGGGUACAUGGAAAGAUGGCUGGUGUGCAUUAGAAACAGACACGGCAUCCUAUCUACAGGUGUUCUUUGGGUACCUUACAAACGUAUCCGUAAUCGAAACCGAAGGUGUCACCGAUGAAUCGACGAAUGCUUGGGUGGAAAGUUAUUAUGUAUCUAUGAGUAACGAUUCUCAAUCUGGAUCCUUCGUCAACUACACUGAACAAGGAGUUACCAGAAUUUUCAACGCAAAUGAUGACAUACAAGGUAAAAAUCUGAGUCUUGAAGGAAUGAGAGCUCAUUACAUCCGAAUCCAUCCUGUCAGUUUCACUGGCUCGUCUGCUUGCCUGCGUAUCGCCCUAUAUGGCUGCGACUCAGAGGACUUUCCCUCUUCGGGUAUACUGUUACAGAGAGUGAACAACGAGACACCAGAGGGUAGCGCAGGGUUUGAUCGAAUAAUAGCAGUUAUUCCGGCAGUUAUUGGUGUACUCCUUUUGGGUGGCUCAUUAUUAUUCCUUGUUCGCUACCUUCGGUAUCGAUCUUUACGAAAAAUGAAAGGUUACUCAACCAUGGAAGAAGAGGAAGGAACCUACCAAACAAUCCCCUUUGAACUGCCCUUAUAUGAGUCGCAGACUGUGGCCAUAGAGAUGGGCCCUGAUAAACCAGCUGCCUUGAAUCGCAUUGGAAUCUGGAACGAAGCGUACGAGUCUUACGAUGGAGAUGCGGAGGAAGAACAAAGUGAAGAGGAAGGAGAAGAGCAGGAUUACCAGAGUCUGAAUGAUGAAGAAUACGAACACAUCUACGAGAAUCUACCCUCAGCUUUUGAGGUACAAACGCUGAGUGUGGAGAUGAACGGAAAAGAGGUAGUACCGGGGGAGGUUCAUAGAGAAAAUGGGUUUUAUGAAAGUGUUUAUCCCGUGAGCAAACUCGACGAGAGACGACGAAAGCAAGGGCUCUAUGAGUUACCGCGAUAUCGAGAGAUGUCAGAGGAAGAAGACGAUGACAACGACGAUAACGAAGACAGUGACAGUGAUAACGAGGGGUAUGAGGAUUUUUACGACAACAUUUUCUUCCCUGAAGAGCCAUCCGAUGGACAAAAGAGGCGGACACUUACAUUUUCUCCGCAACCGACAACUGAAGAUGGAAUUUUCUCGUUCGAAAACAAGAUUUUUAGCUUUGAUCGUCGAACGACGACGUUGGAAGAGAUACAAAGGAAGAAGAGUCAAGUUUUCCCAUUCCUUUGAAUUUUCACAAGUUAUUCAUCGUACCCUGGAUAAAGUCUUGGACUGUACUGCUCCGACGUUUGUUACAGUUACUGUUGUUGUAUAGAAUCUAUAGAGAAUACAUCUCGGUAAACCUUUAGAUUUCCUACCGAGGCUCACGUGAGUGAAAAUCACGCGAUAGUUGGGGAAAACAUGUUUUCGCCUGAAGCAUGAAAUACAGAGAUUGUUGUGGAGUUUCAAAAGCGGAGUUCUUCUCGAGCUCUCCCCUGACAGCACCGACCGCGUAAGCGAGCCUCUGUUUCGCCAGGCGGUCCAUAAUAUGUUAGGCUGACAUGUAAGUAUUUUUUUUAGAAAGUUAGCCGAGUUGUUUUUAAGAUGUGAAAGGAGAACUGGAGUUUCUAGAGAAGUUGUAGUGCUGCUUCUGUGGGGGUAUCACAAGGUAAUCUGAUUUUAUGAACUGAAUUUGUAAUGAGAAUUGGUAAUUA